CUGGAGUCAGUCCAUCCGUACGAGCGAGAAAGCAAGCGAGAGGCUGCAGCCAAGCCAACAAAAGCAUUAACCACGGCCCAGGCACUCGGAGAGAAAGCGGGAGAGGAGCAGAGCAGCAAGAGCGCGAGCCACAGAGCACACGCACGUCCGACAGCAGCGACCACAGGGCGCGCGAGAAAGCAGCAGACGGCAGAGCUACAGUCCCCUGAUUAAGCCACGGACCCCUUUCUGGGGGAGAAAACCCACGGCAGAGAGGGGGAACAGCUGGUGCGAUGACAGGCAGAAACUGAAGAGCGUUUGGAGCCGUCUGUUCCUUUGCAGAUCUUUCCCUCUAUCUGAGAGCAUCAGACUCCCCAGGAAACAUGCCUGAGCAAAGCAAUGAUUACAGGGUUGUUGUGUUUGGGGCUGGAGGAGUCGGCAAAAGUUCUUUGGUCUUGAGAUUUGUGAAAGGCACUUUCAGAGAGAGCUACAUCCCCACCAUUGAAGACACCUAUCGGCAGGUGAUCAGCUGUGAUAAGAGUAUAUGCACUUUGCAGAUCACCGACACUACCGGGAGCCAUCAAUUUCCAGCCAUGCAACGUCUUUCUAUUUCUAAAGGACAUGCUUUCAUUUUGGUUUACUCAAUCACCAGCCGACAGUCCUUGGAAGAACUCAAACCCAUCUAUGAACAAAUAUGUCAGAUUAAAGGAGAUGUAGAAAGCAUUCCAAUAAUGCUGGUGGGCAACAAAAAUGAUGAGAACCAAAAUCGAGAGGUGGAGAGCAGUGAAGGAGAAGCCAUGGCCAAGAAGUGGAAGUGUGCCUUUAUGGAGACCUCUGCCAAGCUGAACCAUAACGUGAAAGAGUUAUUCCAAGAGCUGCUGAACCUAGAGAAACGCAGGACUGUGAGUUUACAAAUUGAUGGCAAAAAAAGCAAGCAGCAGAAAAGGAAAGAGAAGCUGAAAGGUAAAUGUGUGGUGAUGUGAAAUUGCACUGCCAUGAGUCACUCACACAGUCUCAUCUGUCUGACAAUAGCAGUGUGAAACCUGUAGAAAACAGAGAACCAUACAAGACCCUAUUUAUUAGUAUCUGUUUUAAAAGAAAUAUUUGGAAAAAAUGUGUUACUGUGCUUACUAUUAAAAAGCCAAUAAUUCAAACAUCAUUUGCUCCAGCUAUCAGUGCAAAAAAAUCAGGAUGUUAAAAACAAGACAGGCCAGGAUAUCUAGUUUUAUAAUUUAGAGAAGAAAACAAUUUCCAUCCUUUGCGUACUGUGGAAGAUCUGGGAAGUCAACUUCAUAAUCUUUAUGUUUGCAUAUAACUGCAACGGAAGGCAAUGUAUCUACAUAACGUACUGUUAGAAGAAAAACCAACAAAUGCCCAUGAAGAAAUCUAGAAUGUAUAAAUGCAUGCUGGAUUAAGUUAUCAUAUCCUUUAAGAAUGCUGUGGACAAACAAUUCUGUGCAAUUUUCAGGACUGACUGCUGGGGCUGUGUGAAUAACAAAGGUAAUCUCGGAUCUUUCAAACAUACGGACUAUUUUGCACUAAAGUGAAGUAUGGGGGUAGCACAGUUAAAUGGAGAUUCUCUCUACCUCCCACAGCAUGAGAUGUCCUUCUAGUCUGAUGCAGUGUUUGAAUGGAAGGAUGGGGAAAAACCAACCCCUUUAGGAGAGCUGGAGAUCAUCUCCUUUUCUGGACACAUCACUUCAAGAAUGACCUGUACUUCAGGCCACAAGAAGUUUCAGAAGAGCAGACGUUUGCCUUUGUCAGAUUGUAUACAAAUGGUGUGCAUAUACAAACCAAAAGCUUCCUCAGGGGACUUUCUGGGGACUGCCCUACAAAAGCCCCUAUGGAAAAGGCUCAGUUCGAACAUUGCUGAUGAGUACCCAGUGUGAUUGGCGCAUGAACUAAAAGUCUAUUGAAGUGGUGGUGCUGUUGGAGGGCAGUCAGUGCAGUACACAAAGUUUUUAUUCCAAUUACCAGAUUAGCCAAGUAAAGUUUCUUUACAUCACUAUAUUUCAAUUAGAAUGAUUUUGCAUUCAUGCUAAACUUCCAAUACACUACUAGAUCUAUUGCCUUUAUAUUGUCUAAAGGGUUUUAUAUUUACCAUUCAAACUCACGCUUUGAACUGCUGCGACUAUUUAUAGAACCAAAUCCUCCGUCUUGAGUUAGGGCCCACAAGUGUCUCUAAUAGAAGAUGCGCUGGGAUAAGUACUACAGGAUUUGGCAUAUUAAAAGUUGCAGUCAGAACUGUGUUACGAUGCAAUACAAGGUUCAGAAUAGAAAACAACUUGUUCAAACUACUCUGUCAGGGGAAACCGCUCUUCUCAAAAUCCUUGGAAGAGGAAAAAUGCUUUCAGUGUGAGCUUUUCUGGAUCUCUCUCCAAAGCUUUUUUAAAAACUAAUACGAAUGAGCAAAGUACGUAUCUUACAGACAACAGCAAAACAAAGACCAUCAGAAAGAAGCACAUACAUUUUUUAAAGGACACAUCAAAAUUGUAUAAGCUACAAUUUGCACCUUAGGGACUGCUUUGAAAUAUGAAAAACAAACCACAGCAUUUUGGGGAAAUGUGUAUGUCAAAAUCAUUCUAUGGGGAAAUGCAGUCAAGUACUAGUAUUAUUAGCAUGCAUGCCGUUGCAUUAUAAAUGUCUUCUAAGAGCUGUUUAAAGGCAGUAUUCGCAUUAAAAAAAUGUUACCUUGCUGCUCUCAAAGCUACUGCUUGUUUACUUUCUACCUUCCAAACAGAAGCGCAGGUGUUUCACAGGCAGGAUGAGCAAGAAUCGCUAUCAGCACUCACAGAAAGCAGCACAACUUUUGUCAUGCACUCCAGAAAUUUUGGCGCCACUAAAAUCGCACACAAAACUCCAACUGAUUUCAAAGAGGACAGAAUUGUGUGUUUACUCCACUGCAUUAGAAGAGAAACCCGCAGAGAGCAUGGAAAAAGCUACGGCUCUUCCUUAAUAAUAAAUUCCUGGCUCUUACACAAUGCUUUUCCUCCACGAGUCUCAAAGCACUUUACAAAAAGGACAGCAUCAUUAGCUUAGCUUUACAGAAGGCGAAAGCGAGGCACGAAGCGCGGAGCAACCUCAGAGGUCACCCAGCAGGCUAGUGAGAGACCCCGCCAUAAAACCCGAUCUCUGUCUGUGUUUGGCCAGACCGCCUCUUCACAUUCACAAAUAGUUUUUUAAAACGCAUUAAGCAUUAAGCAAGCUGGUAUAGUUUAUAUGGCUGAGCACAUUUUUUUUCUUGACAGUCUAUCAAUAAAUCAAACAGUAUUUUCAGAUCAGGGAUGCAACACAUUUAAAAGCACUAUGUUUAGUAAGACUUUUAUACAUGUUUGUACAUUUAAUCUGUUUGUAAGCAAACGGUCGAAGAUCCUCAUCUUUACAGUUUUGGGUUCCGGUGACAAAAACUGGAAAAAAAAAAAAAAAAAAGAAUGAGCACACGUGGGAAGUGAGGGGUCAUUUACAGAGGCGAGCAGUGCAGAGGCCUGCAGCCGAUGCUAACGGAGAGGUGCCCAAGGCCAUGUACGGCACAUGUCGGUGAGCUCGGUCCAGCAGCCCGCAUGGAGUACCGGUACAGAAACUCCAACCGAAAGGGCCAUAUAAAGGCAGAGAUCCCUAUCAUACCACUGCUUUUGUGGGUGGGAUUAUUUACGUGACGAGGAAUCUUGAAGAAGUAGAAUAUAAGGGAUCCGACUUGGAUGCAAAGGUUACGACUGUAAUGUCCCAGGCUGGCAUUUGGCCUUCGACUUGCGUUGACUGUGCCCGAUGGCAAGAGAGGCGUAAUUGCAUGGCCAAGGUGGAAAUAAAACAAGUAACCACCUGCUGUUAGGCUUAAGGACCAUUUCCUUCAAUUCCCAGUCAAUUCCUCUCCUGUUACAUAAUAAGCCAUGAAUUAUUUCAUGGACUUGCAUGUAUCAAAGCAAGGCCAGUACAGAAGCAAUAUUACUCACGGACCACAGACUCGAAAGAGAACAUAUUUUAUACCCUUGCAUUGUCAUUGUAGUUUAUACUACUAGAUUUUACAUAUCUUACAUAUGUGUGAGCUGGUUUAAAACAUUUAGUUUGCUAUUACUUAUACAAACUUUUUUUUUUUAAUACAGGAGAAAGUUAGGUAAAUAAAGAAAAUAUACAGCUUUAUUACAUUUUGUGUUUUCUUUGGGAAUGUGAUAUCAGUAUAAUAAACUCUUAAAAAUGUACAGAAAUAACAAGACCUAUUUAAAACAUGUAAGAUCUACAGUGAAUUUUAGCACCUGCAGAACAUGAUCUGGACAAACUGACUCUUCGCAGUGCAUGACUUUUAUAUAUGUAUAUGGAGUAUUAAGAUAAAUAGUUCUCAUGAAAAUGUGGUGUUGCAAUUUCAUUAGCAAAUACUUUAUUCAAAAACUCUGGAUAUGAAGUCAUUUGUGCCUACAAGUUUCUAUGUUUCCAGUGAUGUUCUGAACAUACAAAAUAAAGUUUUAAAUGCAAACA